ACAUGACAUGCCUAGACUCUGCAGUAGCAAGUAAUAAGAGCUGGCUUGCUCAGCCUGCGGCUAGACUAAGGGCAAUUAUCCGCCAUCUUGAGAGCAAGUACCCAGAGGAGCAGAAGAAGGUAAUGGAAAUUGUUCGACAUGCCGCUGACAAGGCGACUGCUCAUCCUCACAACCUUCGUUUUCUUCAGACUUACCUUCAGCUGGAGGAAUUUUAUUCCGAAGGCCAAGUGGACGCUAACACUCUAGUUGUUCUAGUUAGCGGGGAACAACUUGUUGGGAAGUCCACACUGAUCAAGACAUUGAGAAACAUAGGCACCAAUGGCACAUCGAACGACUCGAAACGAACCCGAGGCAUCCAGAUGUCCAACUUCACUGAUGAGCGUGGUCAGCAUUUGCGUAUCAAAGAUCUCGCUGGGCAGGACGCGUUUUCAGCGACACACGACAUUUUCUGCCUAUCCACAUCAGUACCAAGCCUCGGUCUUGCUGUUGUCAAUAGCAAAUGGGACGAGAAACUGAUAACAACAAGCAUAACCACCACAGCUGGUCGGUUUUUGAGCAGGAUGCCACCAUCGGUAACAUCAGACCAGCCGUUCAAUGUCAUGAUCAUUGCGACCUUCCGCGACGAGAUCAAGAAAGAGGACCAUGGAAAACUUGCUGCAAAGCUUGCCACAAGCUAUAGUAGUGUCGAGAAGGAGUUUGGUGAUAAACUCCACUUUCGAGGACGCUUUGCUAUCAAUGCCACCGUCAAUGACGCAGACUUCGAUCGCCUGAGAGUCAAACUUUCUGAGGUCUGCAGAGAUAUCCUGAGCAAAUCUUGCAAGCAACCCAAAGUGCUCGGGCAGGCAGAGGAAAUACUGGCACAACUGCAUGACAACAUCCGAGAGCCAUUCUCAACAAAUCUGGAGUUCUGUCGACAGUUGUGUGCUGCUAGCCACGUAGAGUAUGAUGACGAUGAAGACAGCAUCAACACCGAACAAAUCCGUCGCUAUCGCAAGAUCCUCAAUGCGUAUGGGCUGAUUGUUUCUUUCUCAUCACCUGAGCUGGACGACAUCAUUGUUAACCGACCCAACUGGUUGCUCUCCACGGUCAUUGGUCUCAUUUUCGCACCACCUGGGCUUGACGACGAAGAUAUGCUCCACUUCAAAGAUGGUGUUGCAAAGGUCCAGAAAGUCCUGGCCAAGCUUAACAGCUGCGAAGGAGCAGAAGGUCAGGGCCCUCUGCUGCUGCAGAUGGUAAUACAGCUAGGUGUGUUGCUCCAGGAGAAAGAAAGGAUCCUGGCACCCAGCCGUCUUCCGACCGCUGACAACUGCCUCGGCCCACUGGCCAAGAAAGAUUCAUCACCUCGGUCGGUGUGCGCAGGAGUCUCUUUCACGACUCAGCACUGCUUCUCCACUGCUCUUGUUAUCCGGCUGCAGACAGAGCUGUACGCCUAUUUCCACGAGCUUCACGGCAUUCCUGCUGAGCUCUGGAAGAAUCUGGUGGUAGUGACUCCAGUCCAUUCCACAGCCCGUGGUUGCAUCUCCGUCACGGACAGCCUGCGCCAAGCUGUUGCUGUUGUCCAUGCGCCUGUUGAAGAUACGCUAGAUGGCUAUUGUCUGCUGGCUCUGUUGCGUAAGGUGUUUGAGAGGCUCGCUGCACAGUAUAGUCCGGGCACUAAUUACUCCACGAGCAUCCUCAGCUCUGCUUCUAUUCGUCAGCACCUCCACGAGCCAAGCACCAAGUUUGAUUUCGCUGUGUACGAUGCAGAGCAAGUCCGAUCAUCCGUAGCUACACAGGGUAUUCUCUCCAUUACCUACAGUUACGUUGAUCGUGCCCCGCUUCUUCUCGAAUGGCCGGUCAACCAUGCUUCACUGCUCUCUGCAAAGUCCUUUGAGUCCGUCCGAGAAAGCCUUGGUGAGUCCGACCUGCCUGCACUAGCCACCUGCCUGGGCCUUACAUCAUCAUCUUCAUCAUGUGUGUACAGUAAUCAUCUACACGCUGCAGCAGCAUUGGUCCACAGCUGGGCAGUUACCGACUACCAUCACACCUCAACCAAGCUUCACCAGCUGCUAGUGAAAUCACCGAACGCCCAGCGCUUUGCAAAGAUCUGCAACGUGCUACGGCAGCAUGAAGAACUGCUGGCCACCGAUUACCCGGACAUAUUCCGGAAGCGUCGGGUGCAAGCCAUCCAGCCGGUCUCCACCGGCGCUACUGCAUCCACUGUUCAAUCAGACUCUGCAGACAGCGUUCCUUCGAGCAGCCAGUCACACUCUGAUCAAGCCAGUCAGUCCACUGCUGCUCGGCAAGCUGAUGCUGGCCAUGCUGAGCAUCACGCUCCUGAUGGAAGCUGUGGGAUUUUCCUAUCCACUUCACCACUCCAUGGCAUGUGGUCAACGGACGAACGCAUUGCAAACCUGUAUGAAGCGGAGCUCUCUGAACAAACAGGCCAUGCUGAGCGUCAUGCUGCUCAUGGAUUCUGUGGUAUUGUCCUACCCACUUCACCACUCCAUGCCAUGUGGUCAACAUACGAACGCAUUGCAAACCUGUAUGAGGAGGAUGAAGCGGAGCUCCCGGGACAAACAGACUGGGCAGAGAGCGUUCCUUCGAGCAGCCAGACACACUCUGAUCAAGCCAGUCAGUCCACUGCUGCUCGCCAAGAUGAUGCUGGCCACGAGCAUCACGCUGCUGAUGGAAGUUGUUGUACUUUCCUAUCCACUUCACCACUACUGAAAGUUUUGUCAGAAAUUUCUGACUUUCGAAGGUUCAGCCGAAGCAUGGAACGGUGCAUCAGCCGCCUUAAGCGUGAGGACUUUGCCCAAGCCGUUGCAAUACUGAUUGACCCAGAAUACAGCAACGAUUUCAAAGACGACAUGCAAGACUUUAUCGUGAGAAACGACCUUGGCACCACUAACAUACCGGAUAAUAUGCAAGGUGUUAUCAGGUGGGCCGUGGACCAAGCUGCAACGCGUGAAAUCACCCUGGCCGAGUUGAAGAAGAUUGCGCUAGACCUGAAUCCCGAAAAGAAGAAAAGGAUUGAGACAACAUUCCAUGUUGAAACAUGGUGAGGCGUCAUCUUGAAGCUGCCCUGCCCAGCGGUGGCCUCUAUUUGUUCCUGGCUUGACUGUCAACUGUCUACAUUCUACUGGUAGUGAGUCGCUCGACAGCAGAACACCUCAAGCAUCUGAAGACCAUCUUCCAUCACUUGGCAGAGUAUGGUCUGGUGGUCAUUGCAAGCAAGUGUGUCUUCAUGCAGCCCUCCGUGACAUUCCUGGGUCACAAUGUCAAAGCCACUGCCGGCGGUGGCAUUGAGACACUGGCAGAGAAGGUCAAGGCCAUGGUGGACUACCCUGCUCCAGACACUCACUCUGCUCUCUACCUCGCUUUCUGGGUUUAGUCAAUCUCUACCGACGCUUCAUCCCGGAUUGUGCAUGCAUUCUUGAGCCGCUCUCGGAUUUGUUAGCAGGCCCUCAAUCUCCCACAAACCUUUGUCGCGAACGUAGCAAUAAAAUACAUAAAAAUAAAUUCGGAAUAACUCAUUUCUAUUUUGAAUUACAUGACGAUGAUUAACAUUAGUGUUUUCGUAUAUACCAUGACAAUGAUUGUGCUCUCUUACUCUCUCUCUUACAUUGUGGCUGAUUCCACGCUUGGGUUAGCAGAAUUCUGGUUCCCUAUCUUCAUUUCUAAGGAUUGACUCCAUUCCACUUCAAAGUAGCUUCGGAGGUAGUCUUCGUUUCUCUAGUCUUUGCAUUUCGUUCUCAAACAAAUUCUUCGUUAUGUUUUCGUGCCGUGAGUAGUCUCGGGCUCUUGAUUUGUUUUGCUCGCGCGUGACUUUCCUUUCUGUUUUUUUGUUUGUUUGUUAUGCAUGACCCUGAUGACGCAUUGGUAUGAUGUGUAUGUGGACGUGAUCACUUGCCUACGUGACUACGUGUUCACUAACUACAGCCAAUACUAGGCUAGUGCACUUUAGCUGUAAGCUAGUGCACUUUAGCUGUAGGCUAGUGCACUUUAGCGAUUCGCUCUCCUUACUGCUACUUCUUCUGCAUUUCUAUUUUGUCACUUCACUAGUUCCUUUUUCCACCAUUCCACGUCAAUGAAAGUUGUGGUCGCCAUUUUAAGGCAUGAUCUUUGUGCACAGAUGCCUGUAGAUGCAGCUGCCCUGUUUCCGUUCCAUUUGGAUCUUUAUUGAGAAAGAAACUUUCCUAAUCAUAAAAUAAUGAAGAAACGUUGUUUGUAAAUUUG